UUUUAAUUUUGUCAGGAUCGGUCCCCAAUAUGAUCCCUCUGAACGGAUCCGUUCCUGACCAGGCUCUGAACAGGAGUUGUUAUGGGUCUGAUGGUCACAGCUGGGUCUUACAGUCUGCUGCAGUUCAGAACCGGUCAGGAUGAGAUGUUCCACUGAGGAAACCCUGGAAACAUUUGGAUAUUUUCAGGAACCAUCAUCACCAGUGUUCUAGUUCUGGAGGCCCAUCCUGCCACAAGCUUGGUUCCUCAGACUGUUUUGCUGCACUCUGUCCACAGUUCAGAUGUUUCAGUCUUUGAAUGAUUGGGUCAGAACAUAAGGCUUUCUGACUGAACCAGCCAUUGAUCAUCUGUGUUAAAGAUCAAAACUAAUUAAAUUUUAUUAAUUAGUCUGCUGCCAGCUGGGGGCGCUGCAAUUAGUCAGAAACCAUGAUGGUGGCGAUUCCUGAACGCUCCUCUUCCUGUCUGUCUGCUAAGUUUAACGGUUUAAAAAAGAUAUCCCACUCCGUCACGCUCCUCCAGGUAGAAGGUGACGGCCGUCCCCCUCCUUCCUACUCCUUACAGCCAAAGCUCCGUCAGAUACAGUCAGCAGCCAGACCCCAUCCUUAUGGAAGCUCAGCCUCUCUUUCCUUCAGGUACUUCACCAAUUAGAGCGCCACCUACUGGACAGUGCUGCAGUUUUUAGUUGGACCUCUCAUCAGUAAAUGUGCUCAAUCCUCUGAAGAACAAUGGACCUCUACUUCGAGCUUUCACUCUAACUGUGGGCUAGAAGAGAAUUUUGGAGACCUUUCAAACUUGUUGAAGUUCUCAGAUGUUCUUCUCAUGAUGAAUUAGGUUGACUAUUAAUGUGGAACAUUCUGAAUGUGAACCGGUCUCUUUAUCUUGUGCAGUGAUGUUGGAAACCCUGAAACGGGUUCAGACCAGAGGACGUUUCUUCUACCAGAACCGGCUGAUGUUAUUGGUCUGAGUCCAAUGAAUGUGAGUUUGUCCAUUUUUAGUAUUGGCUUCUUCUGAUUGGCUGUUCAACAGUUCAUGAUGACUCCCUCCCUGGGCACUUCCAGUAGAUACACUGCUCAGCAUAGUUAAACUCAUCUGGAUUAUUUUCUAGUGAUGGUUUUAAGCUCAUCACCUCUAAAAGUGAGUUAACAGCAGACAGGAUAAUACUUGUCAUGACCAGCAGGAGGCAAAAGGUGUCAGAAGAUCAGACUAAAGUUCUGCCUGAUUAAAGAACUUCUAAAAACCUGAGUGGGACUGGGCAGGUGGAGGUCACUGCUGGCUGACUGCUUCUUCUGCUGCCCGUUUAAGAAGGAAAAAAGGAAAUGGAGUAGCAUGGAAAAUGUCCUGCUGGAAUUCUGCUCCCCAGUUUUCCUUUUGCCCCAGAUUCCAGCCUGAAAAAAACAAGAAGCAGAGAAAAUGAGAACCAGACGACAGAGCGAGACGGAGGGAGGGGGAGCAGCUCUGGGAUCAGAUGUCUGGAUGGAGGAGGAGGAGUUCUGGUGUCAGUCUGCUGCUCAGAUCAGACCCUAACUCUGCUCAAACGACCGAGCUGCUGUUUGGAUAAAACUGAAAACUUUCAAAGGGAGCUGGAAUGUUAAAGGAGGAGAGGGACCAGGACCAGAGCAGAACCAGGAUCAGACCAGGACCAGGAGCACAGAUGGACCUCCUGGGAGAGGAGAGCUGAGUCGGCACAUUCAUGAAGAAAACUACAAGGAGACUGUAACACCACUUCAAGACUCUUCAGAUCUGAUCUGAGAGCAGCUAGGGGGGACCGGGUCCCUCAGUCAGCUGAUCUGAGGACAGAUUUUAUUAGGACCGUUUCCUCUAGACUGAGAUGGAGUCCAUAACAGUCAGAACAUGAACCUCCUGAAAGAGUGACAGAAAUAUGGAAAGAUGGGGGACAGAGGGAGGAUGAAAGAGGAGAGACACCAGAACCAAGAGACCAGACCAACACAGGGAUCCAGCAGGGACUGAAACACCUAAAGCUGGACUUUAGUCCUGAAUGGGGCCCAGUGUCAGGUCAGUGUCUGCUGUAGAAAAUCAGAACCAGAAUUUUUCUGUCUGUGGUUCCGCUGAGACAAAGUAACUGUGAAGAACCAUUGAGGGUAAGAGCUGGAGCUGAGUCCACCUGAGAAGGCCUGGAGGAUGAUCUGAGGCCAGAAAGACUGUGACCUUUGACCUGGCCUCAGGUACCUCUACAGGUGUUGGCAUGCAGCUGAACCGACCUCGCAGCGCCCUUCUGGGGGUCAGCCUACCUGCUUCCUCCUUCUCCAGCCAGUACAGCACCAUGAGGUUCUCCUAUCACCUCCACACUGCGGCACACAACAGCAACAGUGCCACCCAGAGGACAGGCCCCGCCUCCUCCACCAGUCCCAGCCUGAUGGCUAAGAGCCUCUCUCUUGAGCCAUCCUGCUCUCCAUGUGGCCACCAGGGGGUACUGGAUGCUGAUGCUCCCCUGCAGUCCGAUUCUGACCCAGGGCCUGGUUCUUUGGAGGAAGGUGCAGAGCCAUUAGAGACCUGUAGGUCCAUGAAUGACACAGGGCCACCAGAACUGCCUGCGACAACAGUAACGGCACCGAACCGGAUUCGCCCAUCGUUGCCAGGGCCCAAACCUCAGGUCCCCCCAAAGCCCCCCCACCUCCAACAGCAAGCUGGACUGAUGAGACCACGUCCCCGGAUCCCAGAGAAGCCCCUCCCACCUCCACCACCAUGCAGACCUCUCCCCACAGAUCCCCGGGGGGGCUGGACCUCUCCUACCCGAACAGAUGGCACCGCCUCACCCACCUGCGUCUUGUCGCUCAUAGAGAAGUUUGAGCGUGAGCAGAUUAUUGUGGUGCCUGACAUCACCGGAGGUGCUCUGUGUCCCCGCCCUCUGGAUCCCCUCUUGUCCCGAUCUUCUUCACCUCCAUCAUCUGCCUCACCUGCCCCUCCACAACCUGCGGGGAUGGAGCCAUCGAGUGAUCUCACAGGUUGUGAUGAUGUCACACAGGGGAUUGAGGGGGGUGGGGGAGAGGUGGAGCUGUGUGACGAUGAGGAUAACGAAGAUGACGAUGAUGAUGAGGAUGAAGAGCUGGCAGCAGCUUGUCGUGACGAUGUCUAUCAGAAGCGAUUGUCCAUGGAGUCAGGUUACAGCGCCUCUGAGAAACACCUCGAGGAUGAUGUGGUCACCGUGGAAACAGAGCAGCAGCAGCCCCAGAUCCUUCUCGACCAAUCAGAGCUGCUCUCUGAGCGUGUGUCUCUUACCUCUUCGCAGACGGAAGGGAAGCUGGCCAAUCGAGACAGUGGCAUUGACAGCAUCAGCUCACCGUCUCACAGCGAAGAACUCUGCUUCGCCAGUGUGGACGACGGGGGCGUGGUUUAUCCAUGCAGCCCUGCCCUUCUGCCCCGCCUUUCCAGUUCUUCCUCUAAUGCUGGGGAGGGAGGAGAGGGAGAGGAGAGGGUGGUUCGGGGAGGCAGGAGGAGGAGAAGGGACUUCUCAGAGGAGGGAGACAGUGACCUCGAGGAAGAAGCAGAGUUAACUCUGAUGCUGACCCCACCCAAAACAGACAGACAGGACUCUGUUGAGUUGUCUGUCCAUCAGAGAGUCUUCAACAUCGCUAAUGAGCUGCUGCUCACCGAGAUCACCUAUGUGUCAAAGCUCCACCUGCUGGACCAGGUUUUCUGUGCCAGACUCCUAGAGGAGGCUCGGUCCCGGUCCUCCUUCCCAUGUGAUGUUGUUCAGGGAAUCUUCUCCAACAUCUGCUCUAUCUACUGUUUCCACCAGCAGUUCCUGCUGCCAGCGCUGCAGAAACGCAUGGAGGAGUGGGACUCAAGCCCACGGAUUGGCGACAUCCUCCAGAAGCUGGCUCCCUUCCUGAAGAUGUACGGAGAGUAUGUGAAGAACUUUGACCGAGCCAUGGAGCUGGUGAACAUCUGGAUGGAGAGAUCGGCUCAGUUUAAGGUCAUCAUUCAGGAGAUCCAGAGAGAGGAGCGCUGUGGGAACCUGACCCUGCAGCACCACAUGCUGGAGCCCGUUCAGAGGAUUCCCCGCUACGAGCUUCUGCUCAAAGAUUACCUGAACCGACUGCCUGAGGACGCUCCUGACUACAAGGAUGCCCAGAAGUCACUGGAGCUGAUCGCCACUGCCGCUGAACACUCCAAUGCCGCCAUCAGGAAGAUGGAGCGAAUGAGGAAGUUGUUGAAGGUGUACGAACUGCUGGGAGGAGAGGAAGACAUCGUUAACCCAACUAAUGAGCUCAUCAAAGAAGGACACAUCCUCAAACUGUCCAAUAAGAACGGGACCACACAGGACCGAUACCUAAUCCUGUUUAACGACAGACUGCUCUACUGUGUCCCAAAGCUGCGUCUGAUUGGCCAGAAGUACAGCGUUCGAGCUCGCAUCGAUGUGGACGGCAUGGAGUUGAAGGAGACAAGCAGUGUUGCCGUUCCUAGCAGAACAUUCCUGGUGUCUGGAAAACAGAGAUCCCUGGAGCUGCAGGCCAGGACGGAGGACGAGAAAAAGGAAUGGAUCCAGGCCAUCCAGGCCACCAUCCAACGCUACGAGCAAACGAUGGAGAGCUUCAGACACCUGACCUGUUCGCUGCGAGAUGAGGAGUCCACGCCACCUCACUCCCCGAGUUGUGUCGAGUUGGGAAAACGAGCUCCAACCCCGAUUAGAGAGAAGGAAGUGACUCUGUGCAUGAAGUGUCAAGAGCCGUUCAACUCCAUCACCAAGAGACGGCACCACUGCAAAGCCUGUGGACACGUGGUUUGUGGGAAAUGCUCAGAGUUUCGCGCUCGUUUGUCGUACGACAACAACCGGACCAACCGUGUUUGUGUGGACUGCUAUUUCACUCUGGUGGGAGUGUCACCAUCGCCAGGGGGACUGAGCAGCAGCACUCAGAGGAGGCGGUCCAUUCUAGAGAAACAGGCCUCGCUGGCAGCCGAGAACAGUGUGAUUUGUAGUUUUCUUCAUCACAUGGAGAAAGGAGGGGGGCGGGGCUGGCAGAAGGCGUGGUUCGUCAUCCCUGAAAAUGAGCCGCUGGUGCUCUACAUCUAUGGAGCUCCACAGGAUGUAAAGGCACAGCGUAGUGUCCCUCUGAUUGGUUUCGAGGUCUCUCAGCCUGAGGCAUGUGAUCGCCUGGAACGACGACACGCCUUUAAGAUUUCUCAGAGUCACCUGACCCUUUACUUCAGCGCAGAGGGUGAGGAGCUACAGCACAGGUGGAUGGACAUCCUGUUGAGGGCUGGCAGAGGGGAGGAGCCUUUGAUCCAUCAGCCAAUUGUGGAGAGUGUGGAGGAAGAAGGGGAGGAGCUUGGUGCUGAGGCAGAAGAGGAGAACACUUAAUUUUAGUGGAACAAGAAUGAAGAUGAUGGCUGCAUCUUUCAAAUCUGUCUUGAUUAGAAAGCAGAAGUAAAAAAUAAAUCCAGGACAGCCAGAGUUGAUCUGCAACUCGUUCACAAUUAACCGAAAACCAAACCAGAGUUAAUCUAGAAAAAUUCAGGACAAGUCCAAAAACAGACCAGGGUGGCCAGAACAAACCUAGAGCUAAUUCAGAAUAUAUAUAAAAUCAAACCAGAACUAAUCUCGCACAAAUUCAGAACUAAACAAAUCCAGAAACAAACUAGGAUAGUCAGAACAAAUUUAGAUGUAACUCAGAUCUAAACCAAAACCAAACCAGAACUAUUCUACCACAAUGAAACUGAACAAAUCCAGAAACAAAACUGGACAGCCAGAUGAAAUCUAGAGCUAAUUCACAUUUCAUCCAAAACUAAACCAGGAAUAAUCUGGGAUAAACGGAAUAAAAACAUGACAGAAAUCAAACAGGACAGCCAGAAAACAUCUACAAGUAAUCCAAAUCAAUUUUACAGAAACAUGGCUUUUCUAGUUGAAAUUCAGAAACAGACUAGGGCAGGCAGAACAAAUCUAAAACUUAAUCAGAAAAAUCUGAAAACUCUCGAGGAAAUUCAGGACAAAAAUUUAGAAACAAACCAAAAACAGCUAGAAUAAAUGGAGAUCUUAAUCAAAACUAUUACAGAAUAAUUCUAAAGCUACUUGAGGACAAACAGAAGAACAAAUUUAAAAUGAAUAUUUAACAAACUCAGAGUGGUACAAGAACAAGUACAGAACUUAGUUAGACAAAAACUAUCAAGAACUGGACCAGAUCUCAUCCAGAUCAAAUCCCCAUUUGGAUGGAUUUGGUUGUUUUAUUGGGCAACAUUAAUUGCUCGAUCCAGAAAAGCAACACACAAGGAAAUGAGGGAAAGAAUCAUUCCCAAAUCAGCUGGUGAAGAUCUGCACCUCUCUGGAUCCCAUCUGGAGACCUUUCAACAUAAAGCACACUGAACAAACCACUCCGUUCUCUUUAGACUCACGGAUUUCUGAUGCUAUGGUCCCGUUCCACGUCAGAGGACCUUGGUCUUCUUACUGUAGUUUCUAGAUGUGUUUGUGCUACAGUUUAAAUCUCCCUGAGGAUCCAAAAAAUUAUUCAUCUGAGGAGGUAAAAACUCACCUAAGAUCACUGCUGGAGGAUCGCAAAGUCUGUCCAUCUCAGGAUUCCCUUAGUCAACAAAAAUAAUGAAUCUGUUUGUAUUUUCAGGAUGUUAAUAUGGCGAGUAUAAAAAAAGAUCCAAAUACCAAACAAGUGAUGGACAUUUAGCCGGUCCUACAGUAAUCAUCUCAACUAAAGAGGAAUGCUUGGAACCUUCUGAAUACAGAGGAUUUUCAGACCCUCACAGAACUUCUUCUGGUGAAAAGAACUUCAUGCGUUUUAAAUAAUGAGAUUACAAAAUGAAGACAAACAGCACAAACUGGGCCCAGAGGUUCUGUUCAGGAGGUUUUCUCUUACAUUCCUAAGGAGUUAAAGAACUGGAGGUCUGGUCCAACAUCAUGUCCUUGUUCUUAGAAAACAACUGUCAUCCCUCUGUGUGAAAACCAGAACCCACACAGAACUGUGUGGGUUCUGUUAAACACAUGGUGCAUUUUCCCAUUUGUGCAGCAGGUUCAACAUAGAAAGAAAGGAUACGUCCCUGCAGAUCUGCAGAAAGUUCUCCAGAACCUGACAGAGAAGGGAACACUGAAACAUGCUGACAGACUUGCACUGUUUUACAUUAAAUGUAAUAAAAAUUAACAGUUUGAUCUCUGUCGAUCAGUGGAGGUAAACUACAUUACCCAGCAGCCUUCAACCUCGACUGGGUCACUGUGCUACCAUCUGCUGCUGAGGAUGUUCAGAGCCGGGAUUUAUUACCCUCCUGAAGAGUAACCUCAGGAAGAUUCAAGCUUUCCGUUACUGUAUAAAUCUAUAUUUAUAUUUAUUUUCUGCGGGUCUCUGAUUCACUUCUUUUACUUCAUUCUGAUCAAAUAUUAAAAAAACUUAAAAAAGAAACAUAAAACUGUUUAAAUGGUUAAUGUUGGAAGCAUGAGGGGAUGGAGAGUUAAUUUAAAAAUAACUAAACUUUUGAAGUUGAGUUUUAUGACUUUGAGAAAAUCUUUAGAAAUGUUGGAAAUUUAAGGUCAGAUCUUUAAAGUUUUGAUGUGGUUUUAUAAAAAUUUCCAUUGAUUUUGUUUUUUAAUGAUCAGAGUUGUAGGUUGUGAUGUCAUCUCCAUCUGCAUUUUUUCAGCAUGUCGGAGCAGCCGAUUGGCAGGAGCACUGACCAAUACGAGCUGGGAUUGAUUAUGUGCCGCCAGUUUUUAGUCUUUGAAUCAUUGGUUGGAUAUUUCCUGUUUACUGACAGAAAUGUUCAUUAGAAGAAGGCAACACGUCCUCAAGGAGAAACUGAAGCUGAAGGAGGUACAAGGACGCUGAUGAAGAUGAUGAGGAUGAUAGGUUUGGGAUGUAUGACCUUUGAAAUUUUCCACAGACUGAUCGGAGGAGUCUCUGACUGGUAGUGGAGAAGAUGCUUCCAGCGUUUAGAUGGAGCCACUAAAGCAGAGAUGGGAGCAGACUUUGGUGUGUUUGGACUGGUACUGCUUCAGUAUUUCUCGCUUCCCCUCUCUCUUUUCACUCAUUUGCAGAAAGUGUUUUAAAAGUCAAAAUCUUCAAAAUAUUUUUCUUGUUGUUCUCAAGCUUUGAUGAACUGCAGACACUCUGUGGGUUCUCUCUUUGGGUUCUCCCCUGUGGGUCACCUCUGCAGGUUCCCUUUGUGAGUUCUUUCUGUGUCCGUAAGUCUGGCUGUGUUCAUUUCUGCUCAAUGAAAAAACUUUUGUAAAUAUAAUAUAUUACUCUGA